AAUAUUUUAGUAUAAUUUUGACUACUCAAAAGGAAAGAAGUCUAGAAGUUUUAAAAUUUUAAAAUAUUUCAAAUUGAAAAUGGCUGAGAUGGAUAAGAAACAAGAAGCAACAAUUAAAAAGAGGACCCAAAGAGAGGAAUCGGAAGAUGAAUACGAGGAAAGCUCUUAUGGAGAGUCUGAUGAUUCUUCUCCUGUUCGAAAAACGGUCACAAAAAAAAGCAAAGCCAAAAUCGAACAAACUGAUGCCCUAGCCCUAGAACCUCAUGAUGCGCCGAGACGACGACGCGCUCGAGGUGGAAGAAGUCGUGCACGAAGUGCGCGUAGUACAAGGAGUCGUUCUCGUCGUGGCGGAAGACGAUCGUCCAGGGGUAGACGACGUUAAAUUUGAAUUCUUUUUGGAGAGAGAAAUUCGUUGUGAAAAAUUAUUUUUGAAUAAAAUUAUAUGUAUAAAUGUUAUCUUUUUUAAA